AAAGACGUGCUAAAUUAAACGGUUUAACGAAGUUCAAAAAUAUUAUAAAGUUUUUUUUUUUUAAAAAAAAAUUUCUUAUUGCAACCCCUUUAACCUAAAAAUCUCUUCAAAAUGUCCCACUCUGUAACCAUUACCCGCACCACCACCAGCACCACUAACACUUCCUAUAUUGUGUUGAAUACUGGUUAUUUGAAAAGCUUUUCGGGUCUGCUUAAAUUAUUCGAAUUGCUGAUUGGUGGUGCCAUGGUUGGCAUUUUCAGUUAUUACCAAACAAAUGGUGCCUGUUGGAAUGGCAUCGAUGGUGUGGUCUUUGCCUUUUUAAUGUCGGUGACAUUUAUGAUUGGCACAUUCUGUCUACUGUUGUCGUGCUUAACAUCACUGAGCACGGGAGGAAUUAUAUCAAAAACUAUUUAUGAACUAAUUUAUCACAGUGUAGCUGCCAUUUUACUGCUGAUCUGUUCCACUAUUUUGAUCAUUUCGGUGAGCGACAGAUACAGAAAACAUGACGCCUACAUGGCUGCUGCCGUCAUGGGUUUAGUGAACAGUGUUCUGUACUUUAUUAGUGCCUUCUUGGCCCACCGAUCUUAUCGUGGCAUUUAAAUGAACAACCAAAACGAUCCAAAUACAAAUUUAAUUAAGGUGUUCCAAAUAAUUACUACUAUUUACUUACUUGAUAUUAAAAUGAAUUCAAUCCUCUCCUUUUGGAAAAUGUCAAAUUCUUGAGAAUUUUAUAUUGAAAAGUUCGAAUUACAAACAUAAAGUGUUUUUUUUUUUUAUUUGAAAUGUAUUUAUAUAUUUUUUAUAUAUUUAAUUUUAUAAUACUGUCUUUAUAUUGUAUGUGUUUAAGUAAAACAACAAGUUAUUUUAAUAAUUAAAAUAAAUGAAAAAAAAAAAUUAAGAAAA